CACCUGCAUAUAAGCUCACCUGUAGCACCAGCAGCUCAGAACCUGCUGCAUUCCUCUGGAUCCCAUCCUUAUUCUACCUGAAGAAAAUCCUGCCCUCACAGCCACCCAUCAUGACCUCCAGCAUGUCGGUGAGGAGUUUCUCUAUGAGCCGUCAGCCCUCCUUUUCCAGUCGUUCCCUGAUGGACACCAGCCGUGCUCGCUCCCGUGCUUCGGUCUCUUUUGCGGCAGCCAGCCCUCUGGCCCGUUCAGCUUCCAUCAGCCAGGAUCUCAACGGGUCCAUCAGCCUCCAACUUAAUGGCCUGCACGGCAAUAGCACCAACGAGAAGGAGGCUAUGCAGAGCCUCAACAGCCGUCUGGCCAACUACCUGGACAAGGUGCGGUCACUGGAGCGCUCCAAUGCAGACCUGGAGAUGAAGAUCAAGCAGCUGAUGCUCGACCGCAUUCCCAAAGGCCAUGACCUCGAUUCCAUGAUGGCCCAGGCCCAUGCUGUUGAGCAAGAGGUGAGGAAGAAGACUUUGGAGAAUGCUCGUCUCAUGCUGGAGAUCGAUAAUGCUAAACUGGCUGCUGAUGACUUCAGAAUCAAGUGGGAGACUGAGCUGGUGAUGUGUCAGUCUGUGGAGCGAGACUGCGUUGCUCUAAAAAAGGCCAAGACCGACCACGAGCAGAUCAUUGCCUCUCUGAGGGGAGAUCUGGACAGCCUGAAAGAAGAACUUUACUUCCUCAAGAAAAACCAUGAGGAGGAACUUGAGCAGAUGAAGUCUCGUAUUGCCAGAGAUGAGGUGAAUGUGGAGGUGGACUCUGCCAGUGGACCAGAGCUGGGCACCAUUCUGGCCGACCUACGUUCCCAGUAUGAGGGGAUAGUCAAGAAGAACAAGGAGCAGGCAGAGCAGUGGUACCGCAAAAAGCUGGAGACGGUGCAGAACGAGGUGAGGGAGAGCAACGAGGCUCUGAGAGGAGCCCAGAGCGAGCUGACCGAGAGGCAGCGCUUCCUGCAGACCCUAGAAGUGGAGCUGGAGAGUCUGCACAAACAGAUUGCAGCGCUGGAAGGUAACCUGGGUGAGACGGGUCAGAAGUACUCUGCUGAGAUGGAGCGGCUGCAGGCCAUCCUGAACCAGCUGGAGGAUGACCUCUCCCAGCUCAGGCUUGACAUGCAGCGCACCAAGACCGACUAUGAGCAGCUCCUCCGCAUCAAGCAGAACCUGGAGAUGGAGAUCGCCACCUACAGGCGCCUGCUGGAGGGAGAGGAAACAGUGAAAGAAGUUCCUCCUCCACCAAAAAAGGAGCCUGAUGUUCGCACCAGAAAGAUUGUGAAGGUGGUGACUCAGACGAUGGUUAACGGCAAAGUGGUGGAUGAAUCGAGCGAAGUGGAGCAGAUUGAGGAGACCAAGAAAUAGAAAAAAAAGCUAAUGGAGAUUUUUCAAAAUUACAACAGAAAGCAGCAAAACCAAAAGAGAGAGAGAAGAAAUGAAACAAGAAAAGAAAUAAGUGUCAGAAUAUUACACAAGACGUGGAGUUUUGGGCAUUUUUGGGAUGCAUUACAUGAUUAUGAAUGUUUUGUGAGACACGUUCCUUUAAGGUUAGCGUAUCGGAGACAAGCAAAGUGAUUUUUUUUUUUUCUGGAGAAGAACGGUACAAGCAUUACUACAAACAAAUAUGUCCUGUAUUGCUCUAACUGCUUUAGCUAUGAAUGCUUAUAUGAAUUUUGAGUAGAGAUUUGUGUUUGUGUGAGACGAGCUGACGAACCAGUGCUGUAUCCUCCUGCUGUUUUACUAAUAAAAUUUUGUGUUCUUAACCAAGAUAUUUAUUUCUUAGUGUGGUGAAGUUUACUGUAGUUAAUGUCAUACAUGCCUUUACUCCUUUUACAAGAAUAUCAUUUAAUCGUCUUUGCGGCAUGUGUGUUUGUACCCUGUCUGAAUAAAAAGUUUCAUUAAUCCAU